CGGCCUCGGUCCCCAGCCAUGCUGGUGCUCCCGCUGCUCCUGGAGGCCACUUUGCUGCAGCUGGCCAGUGGCUCCUACCACCCCUUCUACAACGGCUUCUACUACAACCACAUAAUGAACGACAAGGGCAACGGGCAGGAGAAAGUGGUUUCCUUCAACGGGGCCAAGCUGGUGGUGGAGACCCCCAAAGACCCCGUCUACAGCUCCAGUGGUGCCAAUGUCACCCUGCCCUGUCACUAUCAUUAUGAGCCUGACCUAGAGGCCAAGCGCAAGAUCCGCAUCAAGUGGUCCAAGCUGCGGGAUGACUACACCAAGGAGCAGGAUGUGCUGGUGGCCAUUGGCAAGACCUACCUGGCCUUUGGGGACUUCCGGGGCCGUGCUCACCUCCACCAGACUGGCCGGCGUGAGGCCUCGCUGGUCGUCAGUGAUGUGCGCUUGCAGGAUGAUGGCAAAUACCGCUGUGAGGUCAUUGAUGGGCUGGAGGACGAGAGCGAUGUGGUGGACCUUCGGCUGCAAGGCAUCGUGUUCCCCUACCAGCCUCCCCGUGGGCAGUACAGGCUCAACUUCCACGAAGCCGAGCAAGUGUGCCAGGAGCAAGGCGCCAUCCUCGCCACCUUCAACCAGCUCUUCCAGGCCUGGAGCGAGGGGCUGGACUGGUGCAACGCGGGCUGGCUGGCUGAUGGCACCGUGCAGUAUCCCAUACGCCAGACCCGCAAGCCCUGCGGUGGGUUGCACCUUGCCCCGGGCAUCCGCAGCUAUGGCCCGCGCCACCGGCACCUGCAUCGCUUUGAUGCCUUCUGCUUCUCUUCGGCGCUCAAAGGAGAGGUUUUCUACUUGGACCGCCCGGCCGGGAUGACACUGGAGGAGGCCAACGGCGUCCGCAGCUUCGGCUUCCCCAGCAAGGGCAGGUUUGGGGGCUUCUGCUACAAAGAGAGAUAA